AUGUCAGACCGCUCGGGCGCCGCAUCUCGAGACUUUGUAUUUCAAACCUCUGACCAAGCAGGCGGCGGCGCAUCGCAACCGAAUCCGCAAUACAACGGCUACCAUGCGGGCCACGAUACAAAUGCCGCAGAGGUUGCGGCGGCGGGCCAGGCGCAUGGCUACGACGCCUCUGCGGCAUAUCACGACUACAGCGCCCAACAACACCAAGUAGUCGCGAGUCAAUACGCGGGCUAUAGCUUCGGGCCUGCGCCGACGGGCUGGGAUUGGACCAAUUCAGUCGACUUUACAGACUUUGCGCACCAGUAUGAGCCGCAGGGCGAACUUGUGCAGGAAUUCCAGAAUCAGGCGAAUCCUACAAACGACUUUAGUAUUCCACUUCCUGUUACGACCGGAGAGGCUGCGUAUCAGGUGUUCCAGCAGAACCAAAGUGCGACACCAACACCGAAUGCUUUGCAGGCCCAGAUCUCACACUCUCCGCCGCCUCCGCCUCCAUCGGUUCGACCGCAGCAGCAACAGCAGCAGCAUCAUCAUCAUCAACAUCAAUUACAGCCGCAGCCACAGCAACCACAGCAACCCCAACAACAGCAAAGACCAGUCGUGCAGACUGGUAUGAAGAGAAAGAUCGACUCUGAACCUACUUCAGCUGCAUCGCAGGCUAGCGCUAUCGCCGUGGAGAAUCCGCCAAAACGGCAGAACAAAUCACGACAAUCGUCCGACGCAUCGACGACAUCGCCUAUCGGAUCAGUACCGGCUGAACCGCGACCAUCGCCAAUGUCGCGAACCACUGCUCAAACGGCAACCAGCGAGGUCACACCACAACCAGUGUCACGAGAAAACACACAGACUGGGCGACGGAAAGAGCAAAGUAAAGGCACCGGACCGCAAGGAAGGGUGAUUGAUGUUUCGACACCACGGAAGAUACAAGAGUCUCCAACUGGGCUUGACAUACUACCUGCGGGUAAGACCCAAAGUCAAGGCUUGUCAACUGAGACCACUAGAGCACCCUCGUACUUUUCGCAUUUCUUCGGCCAGCAAUUACAUGAUAACGGUGGCCGAGCUGGUGAUGUGAGGACGCUGUAUAUCGACCGUGAUCCGGAAACGUUUCGCGAUAUAGCACUGCAUUUGCAAGGGUACCAUAUUACCCCCAAGAGUGCAGAGCACUUUGUGAAGCUAUUUGCAGAUGCACAAUUCUACUCUCUUCCUCGGCUCACCAAGCAGUUGUUUAGCACCGACAUCUUUGUGAACAUUGGAGGAACCCCCUUCCAGGUACCCCGCGAUAUCUUCUCGGCUCCUGGUGACAGUCCAAACUACUUUUCACUUGGGUUCGCACAUUUCUUCUCGACACCGUCAGAAGUCUUCCCGGGGCUGGAUCGUGAUUCGUUACUCAGACCACCGUCAAUCAAACCUCCUUCAGUGCCUGGUAGGAAUGGAGAGAUUUUCGGCGAGCUGAUGCAGUUGCUACAAGGCUACAACAUGGAGAUUCGCAGCGAUGCGCACCGGGCUCGAUUGCUUCGAGAUGCUCGGUAUUUCCAUCUCAAAGGGCUUGAGCAAAAGCUGAUACCGUGCGAGAUCUCAUACAAUUUGAACCGUCAACAGUCGGAGAUUCUGGUGCGCCUGGAAGAUAUUCGACAAUCUGGUAUAUCCUUCAAUCCCGACAAGUUCGCCAGCGACUCAGACUCAGAAUCCGUAUCUGGUGGGCAAUCGACGGGGUUUUCUCCGAACGGUCUCCCCGCUGUAAGCCCUGCGCCAUCUACCUCAAGUAGCAGUGCUGUCUUGAGAGCGGGCUACGUGUCUUAUGCCCGCCCAUACACAGACGAUCAUGCAAACAGCAACGUGUUAGUCUUGGAAAUCUCUACAGGUGAAACCACGUCUCUCUAUCUACCGAGAAGUGCUCCGCGAGCAUCAAUGUCGGGUUCACUAAACGUGAACCUUCGGGCAACGUUCUACAACUCGACUCUUGCGCGGGUGACGUCUUUAUUCUCGGUAGUAGCGUCGAAAAUGGGGUUACCAGCGACGCAGCCUCUGGGACUCAUGUACUUGCAGUCUGGAGGUGGUGUGGCUGCACAGCCAGUCAGCCCAGCAAAUUCAGGUGUCAGUGAACGACGUGUCCGAGUGCGACUAGACACAGACUGCGCAUUGCAGAUUGAUGGUGCUGCUGCUGAGCUCAGCAUGGACAGAGAAACAGGCUGCGUUGGUAUCCGUCGCAUAGGCCACGGACGGGAUGAGUGGCUUUGGGGAGGUGACAAGGUUGCUGAUAACGAUGCAUCGCAUUUGCGAGCUGACGACCAGGAAGCCGAAGUCGAGUGGACCAUCAAACGCGCACAUUGGCGAAUACGCGUCGAGCCAAUCGAGAGCGACGCUGAUGGCAAGAGGAUGCAAGUGAUACUGUGCGGAGUCAAACUCGAAGCCUUUACAGUUGAGCGGACGAGGAACUCUGCGCGGGGCUUUUUAUGUAGCAAUUGA